CUUGGCAAAAGCUGAACCGAACGGACAACUCUUCAAAUAUGAAUGAGCAUCUUUAUCAGGAGGGAUGAGUUCGAAUACUAAGAAAAAAAAAAGUCGAACGUCCUUCGGGGCAACAGCACCGCCCUUCAUUGACUACCUACAAGAUAUUCUACGACGAUAUCCAGAUGGUGGACAAAUUUUGAAGGAGCUGAUUCAGAAUGCAGAUGAUGCUAAAGCCACGGAAGUGGUUUUCAUACACGAUGACAGAAGCUAUGGGACUGAGAGCCUGUGGACUGAUGAAUUGGGAAAAUACCAAGGUCCUGCUCUCUAUGCAUACAACAAUGCAGCCUUCACUGAUGAGGACUGGGAGGGAAUUCAGAUGGCAGGGAGGAGUGUGAAGCGCAAUGACCCAAACAAAGUUGGGAGGUUUGGAAUCGGCUUCAACUCUGUUUACCACAUAACAGAUGUGCCCAGUAUAUUCAGUUCAGAUCACCUCGGCAUGAUGGACCCCCAGGAAAAAAUAUUUGGACAAAGAAAUAGCGGGUUUUUGUGGUCUUUGGAUGAUGCAAAACACCAGAAAGCUCUAAUAGAGAUGCAUGACCAGUUCCAACCUUUUCGAGAUAUAGUUUCAUUUGUUGGCAGAAAAGAAUGGUCAACAGUCAUCAACGAGGAUCAACACUUUGACGGGACAAUUUUCAGGUUCCCUUUGCGCAAAGAGGCAUCAGAUAUUUCAGAUAAUCUCUAUGACUCUGACAGGGUGGUUGAGCUUUUUGAUAGCUUCAUUGCGGAUGCAGAUUUAAAUCUCCUGUUCCUGAAAAAUGUGACCUCUGUUUCCUUGAAACAUAUCAACAUCUAUGGCGCCGUUAAAACCAGACUUGAAGUGAAAUCCUCAAUCUCCACAGAUGUCGUUCUGGAGUCAGAAGACGAUUCAAUCAUUGAGAGUUCAACAAGAUUCAAAGUAAUAACCCUCAACUCAGAAGACCACAAAGAAACAAAAUGGCUUUUAACAACAUGUACCAUGAAAGAAGGAAAUGUAGAACAUCUUGAUUCACUUGCGAAAAAGUUGAGCUUUUUCCCUCAAGUUGACUUGGCAUUCCCUUGUGGUGAGAAGAGAGACAGUAGUGAGAGCAGAUUGAGCUGCUUUCUCCCCCUACCAAACAAUGAAUCCAAUAACACCGGACUCCCAGUUUAUAUCAACGCGUGCUUUGGCCUCACAGACAACAGAAGAGAGAUCAAGUGGCAAGAGGAAGACCAGCAACAUGACGAACAUGCUGUGUGGAAUGAAUUGCUGAUGAAGGAGGUGCUACCACAGGCAUACAUCAUGAUCAUUCAAGAUGCUAUCAACCUUGCACAACAAGAUAAUCUGCCUGUCUCUUCAGUGUACGAUCUGUGGCCAGAUAUUGCCCAGAUAAAGCACAAACGCAAAUGGUAUGCCGUUGCUCUGGAUGUUCUUGAUCACUUAUUCAGGCAGAAUGUGGCUGUCCUCUCUCUUGCCAAAGAUGAAAGAGAGUUUAUCACUCCAUCAGAAGCUGUGUUCCCCUGUAAUGGUGCAACAAGCAGUGACAUAUUGGCUGCAAUUAAAAGGACUUUGGUUUCCUGUGGAGAGAAUCUUGUCACCUUACCAGGUAGUGUUGCAAGCGCUAUAAAUGAGGCCUAUCCACACCUAGACACCCUAAAACACGUGACUCCAGCUUUCAUAAGGGGCUCGCUCCGCAGGAUUGACGUGCACACUAUCUCUAAACAUGACAAACUCUGCCUUUUGGAGUUCAUUUUAAGUGAUGGAAAAUACAGAGAACUGGAAGGUCUUCAGCUGCUUCCGCUCGACGAUGGCUCCUUCAGAUCGUUCACAGACAGAGAGGAGGACACUGCUUUGAUUGACAGCAAUACAUUUCCAAGAGUCUUGCUACCAUUCUGCAAACACCUCUUCAUCCCCAAUGAUCUCCGUCCAGCCUGCAGUGCCCACCUAAAAGAACUGGCCAGAGAAAAUAUUUUCAAGGUCAUCAACAUUGACGCAAAACGGGUGGCUGAAUAUACAAAGAGGUUUUUGCCACAGGACUGGAAGCAGAUGAGCAAGGGGCAUGUUACCUGGGAUGUCAGCAGCAAUCAACAUCCACCUUUAGAGUGGCUCCAAGAGUUCUGGACAUUUCUCAACACUCACUUCAAAGAGUUAAGUCAUUUCAUUGGAUUGCCAUUGAUACCAGUCAGUCCCCUGUCAGUCAGUCAGCCAGUAUCACUAGCUACACUAGAGCAGAAGACAACCUUAAUUUUUCAGAAAAGGAAGCAGAUGAUCUUGCCAGAAAAAAUAACUGAGUUGGUGAACAAACUUGGUGGCACAGCGGUAAGAGAAAACGACUGGCUCAAACACGAAGACCUUGACUCAUAUGUGCUUUGCCCAUCUCCAAUGAGUGUCAUGAAAGUAUUGGUGAACCUAGAUUCUCAGAAUCUCAUCAGAGAUCUCAAAACUGCCUCUCACGGAGCACGAGAAGAACUGAAAGAUUAUCUCUCUCGUCUUGAUUGUCUCUCAGUUACUGAGAAAGAUGUACUCUCAAAGUUGCCUCUGUUUCAAACCAUGAAUGGAUCAUGUGCUGCAGCUCAAUCAAAACAGGCUGUGCUUCUGAUGUCUGGUCUAAAGGUACCAACAGAUUUCCCUAUGCCUGAUUCAGUUGUGCGGUGUGCAACUGAGGCUGAUCGCAGUCUGUUACAGCUGCUCAAAGUUAAACUUUUGGACACUGCUGAAGCAGCUCAUCUCCUUAUUGGCUGUAUUGAGAGCAGGGCUUGCAGAAGAGAAGACACUGAGAAAAUCAUGACUUGGAUUUUACAGAAUGGAGCUAUCCUUUUCUCUCAAAAUGAGACCUUGAAACACAGAUGUAAGGAUUUGAGCUUCAUUGAAGUGAAUGGAGAACUGAAAAAACCCUCAGCCUUUUUUGAUCCAAGAAUUAAAACCUUUAAAGUGAUCUUUGAGUCAGAUUUCUUCCCUCCACCUCUAUACACUGGCACAUCGCAGAUGCUUCAAAGCCUAACGGAUCUUGGCUUACUAAACAAAGAAGUAGAUGUGUCACCGGAGCACUUCUUGCAUGCUGCCACACUGAUUGACAAAGCGCAUGUUGACUCUCAAACUGAGGCUCUUAAUAGAGCUCAGGUGCUCUUGAAGAUGUUGGAUACUAAUGAUCUGUUUAAGUUUUCUCCUGAGCAGCCUCAUCGCAUCAACAUGCUGAAAUGGAUCCCAUGUACUAAGCCUGGUAAUGAUAAAACGUACGGCAAUGACACAUCUCAGAGAAGUUGUUUCUUCUGCCCUGAUGAAACAAGACAUUCUGAUUAUGAGGACAUUGUUGAGCAUGUAAUGCCUCUGGGUACUUUCAGUGACAGAGUUAGCAGCCAACUUGGUCUCAAACGCCUACCCCCACCUGAAAAAGUGAUAGAGAAUUUGUCUGCUCUGACAUCAAAAGCACAGAAAAUGACUGAUCCUAACACAAAUGUGGAUUUUAAAAGAAAGCUGCAUAGCAUUUACAAACACAUGCAAGACCACAUAAAUGAAUUUGCAAGGAAGAUGAAAAAGGAUACACACUGGCUGUGGAGCCACGACCAGUUUGUAUCACCACAGGAUCUGGUUCUAGACUACCCACGAAAUCUUGAUCUGAGUUCUUAUAUUAGGAAGGUUCCAAAUGAAUUUUUGCCAUACAAGAAGUUGCUUCAGGAGUUUGGACUAAAAACAUUGCUUUCAGAUCAAGAAAUUGUUGGCAUUCUCCAUUCUAUCCAGAAAACCAUUGAAGAAACCCAACAGCCUUUUGCAAGUUCCUCUGAGGUAAAAGUGUCAAUAGAGAUUCUUAAGUGGCUGUGGAAAGAGAAGAAGACGGUUCAGGAUGACAUCCCAGUGCCAGUUCUCAUUCAGGGUGAACAACAUACCCUUAAACCACUGUCAACAGCAGUCUUCUGUGAUGUGAGCAAAAAUGGGUUGAAUGAGAUCAAGUACAGCCAGGAGGAAGUUCAUGUUGUACAUGAAGAUAUCACAAAAGCAGCUGCUGAAUGGUUUAACAUCCGAUUUCUUAGUACCUACAUUCUCGAUCCAGAGUUAGUGGGAAUAGAACAGUUUGGACAAUCUGAACCGAUAACGACGAGGAUUAAGAACAUCCUUAAGGAGUAUGAUGAAGAAAGAGACCUCUUCAAAGAGAUCAUUCAAAAUGCAGAGGAUGCUGGGGCAGAAGCCUGCAAGUUCUUGGUGGAUUUACGAGUGCACAAAGACUCCCCUGAAAGUCUCAUUGACCCUGGCAUGGCCCUUUGUCAGGGACCUUGCCUUUGGGCAUUUAAUAAUGAGCAAUUCACAGCUGAGGAUUGGAAUAAUAUUGUCAGAGUUGGCUCUGCCUCAAAAGAAAACAAAGUGGAAAAAAUUGGAAAGUUUGGACUUGGAUUUAAUACUGUGUAUCAUGUAACAGAUGUUCCUUCUAUCCUGAGUGGCAACAGUCUUCUCAUACUUGAUCCAAAUGUAACCCACCUCACGAAACACAUCAAACAUAAAACAAAUCCUGGACUCAAGCUGGAUCUCUCAAAGCAACAUCUUUUCCAUUGCUUUCCUGGUCAGUUUGGACCAUAUGAACGCAUUUUUGAUUGCAAUUUCAGAAGCCAAAGUCCCCCUGAACCAUAUCCAGGUACUCUGAUCAAACUACCUUUUCGAAAUGAAGAAGAGGCUAUCAUGUCAGAAAUAAGUGAAAAAGUGUUUAACAAACAACAAAUCAUCACUUUUCAACAGCACUUUACAAACAAUUCACAAACGCACCUGCUGUUUUUGAAGAACAUCAAUAUGUUAUCUUUACAAAGUAUCUCAAACAAUGCAUCAACCCCGCCAAGAGAUAACGAAAUAGAAACAGUCUUCAAUGUCUCCAAAACCACUGAGAGUACAAUGAGGAUUCCUGAUGAAUCAAGCGUGUCCAAGCAGCAGCAAGCUGAGAAAGCAUUAAUGAAACUUGAUGGGAAAUGCAAAGAGGUCAUUGACUGCUGCACAGUCAACAUUGUCCAAAUAACUAGUCAGCAAUCUGGUGAAACUGAAGUCCAGUCCUGGCUCCUUUACAACUGCUUUGGGACACAUAAGUCCUUGCAAAUAGCCCUUCAAGAAAACAAGCAAGCCAAGUUCUCUUUGCCCGUCGGGGGGAUUGCUGUGCCUUUGCAAAAGAAUCCAGGAACUGGGAAGCUGGCCCCACUACAAACAGAUCUUGUAGGACAGGCAUUUUGCUUCCUUCCUCUGUCCAUUCACACUGGUCUUCCAGUCAAUGUAAAUGGAACAUUUGCUGUGACAAGCAACCGCAAAGGUCUGUGGGAGAGUGGUGUGAAACAUGAGUGGAACAAAGCCCUUCUUGAGGAUCCUGUAGUGACAGCAUAUAUUUCGGCACUUUCGGCACUAAAAAAAAGUCUGAAAACAAGCAACUGGAAACAUAUUGUUAUCAUACCUUUUGGCCUGACAGAGAGAAAGUGAGUGAUACUUUCAAGCCCUUGGUUGAUGCAUUGUACUCUGCCAUAGCUCAGCCUUCCAUUGGCCCAGAGCUCUUUAGUGAUGGAGAACAUUGGUGCUCAAUGAACAGUGCCAUAUUUCUACACAAGAGUAUCGAAGAGGAUA